AUAAAGCUGGCGCCGCUGCGACCGUUUUUUUUCGUUCUUGGUGGAGCCCCGCGUGUCUUAUCGAUAGAACCUUGGUUACCUGUCCGGAGGAGUUUCAGCAGCAUCAGUGCUUGUAGCAGCUACAUCAACAUCUCACGGCUUCGAAGGACGUACAACGACCACUGCGACGACGUGUAUAUCUUGCGAGGACGAUUAGGGUUCCGAUUACGAUUCGGAUUCUUGGGAGAGAGCGCAGGGACGAGAGGAUAUAGUAGUAGUGGCAAUAGCAGCAAUAGCAGCAGCAGCAGCGACAGCAGUAUGGCGUCCGCGACGAGCUUCUUCGAUUUCAAUGUCAAGGAUAAAAAAGGAACCGACUUCCCCCUCGCCAACCUCAAAGGCAAGGUCAUCCUCGUCGUCAACACGGCGUCCAAAUGCGGCUUCACGCCGCAAUUCGAGGGGCUCGAGAAGCUGUAUAAAGACCUGAAAUCCAAACACCCUACAGACUUCGAAAUCCUCGCCUUCCCCUGCAACCAAUUCGGCAACCAGGACCCGGGCUCCAACGACGAGAUCCAGACCUUCUGCCAGGUCAAUUACGGCGUCACCUUCCCCGUGCUUGGGAAAAUCGAUGUCAACGGCCCACACGCCGCCCCGCUCUACGAAUUCCUCAAAUCCGAGAAACCGGGCCUGCUAGGCUUGAAGCGCGUGAAAUGGAACUUUGAGAAGUUUCUCAUCGGGCGCGACGGCAAGGUCAAGGGGCGAUGGGCUAGUACGACGAAACCUGAGAGUCUGAGGGCGGAGAUUGAGAAGGAGAUUGCUGCGAAGUAGAUUGAGUUGGGGGGAUGUGCUACCAUAGGGUGUGAAGGAGGGGGAAUGAUAUCCAGACAUGGGAGAUGAAUGUUAUGCAAGUACUUGCUUGGAAACAGAUCUGUCUAUGGUCUUGCCCAGCGAUGGAUCCAACAUGCACAUUCCGCAGAAAACAGAAAGCGGGACCCUCAAGAUAUUGAAUCCAUAUCGAUCUCAACCAACCAACGCCGGCACCGUCCCAUGCAAGACCACCCAAAGAGCAACAACCCCUCAA